CUCUCCAGCGCUUCCGGGUGCGCUGGCGUUCUGCUGCUAGCUCGGCCUGGCGGUGUCGRGUCAGUGCCUCCCACCUGACUCCCCGGCAGGUAAGGGAUUUCCGGCCUGUGCAUCUCCUUCUCGGAAGGUUGUGGGAGUCGAGCCUCAUUCUCUUUGCUCGGGGUUGUCGCGGGACCGCYGCAGAACGCAAAUCGCCUUACCAUCAAAGUCAGAAAAGUUAGGAAGUAGGCUGUCGUGGACAGAGCUUGGUGGGUCCCUGGGGAUCCAGAAGUUCGUCAAACCAGAGCAUGAACCUGUGGCGUGGAGGGGCGUCACCCAGCCAUUUGUUGGCUCAGAUACUCUGUGUUUCUUGGCUCCCCGGGUGUGUGUUCCUGAGCCUUUUUCCUCRGAACCAGGAAGUCAAGUCAGCACUCAACGGAGAUACUUGUGGCRGGGAAAAGUUUCUCUGGCUUUCAAGAUUCCAAUUAGAAAGUGGAGAGGCAUUGUAGGAUCAGAUAAGUACAUUACCAGAUUUGGAACAUACGUGACGACUUGGAAGCAAAAGACACCAAAGGAUAAAAAGCAAACCCUGAGAAAAUACUUUUAGCCACUGAGAAUGGAAACUAGGCGCUAUUGRUAUCUCAAAAACCUGCCUGCCCCAAGCGCCUUAAAAGCACAGGAUAUUAAAUCUGUCGUUUUCCCUUUCUGGUAGUGAUCCUGUAGACUCUGUUGGAAAAUUCAGAUUUCUUUUAUUCUCCUGUUUUCAUACUAAACAUUCAUGGGAAGUUUGAUUUCUAUUUGUCCGAACUGACCUCCUGAUCUUCCAGAACAAACUUACUCCUUCCACAGUCUUCCUGUCAGUAUAUGUCAGAAAUGUGUUCAAGUCAAAUCCUUGGUGCUAUCUUCUGCCUCCCCUCUUCAGCACACAAGAUUCUAUUGGCUCUACCKCAGAAUAUACCCAGCAUCCUGGAUCUUCUGCAGCUUCUCUGCUGURUCCACUAAUCCAAGCUGCCAGCAUUUCCCAUCAGAUUGUUGGAAUAGAAGAUGAACAAACCCAUAACACCAUCAACGUAUGUGCGCUGCCUCAAUGCUGGCCUAAUUAGAAAGUUGUCAGAUUUUAUUGAUCCUCAAGAAGGAUGGAAGAAAUUAGCUAUAGCUAUUAAAAAACCAUCUGGUGAUGAUAGAUACAAUCAGUUUCACAUAAGGAGAUUUGAAGCAUUACUUCAAACUGGAAAAAGUCCCACUUGUGAAUUACUGUUUGACUGGGGUACCACAAAUUGCACAGUUGGUGAUCUUGUGGAUCUUUUGAUCCAAAAUGAGUUUUUUGCUCCUGCAAGUCUUUUGCUUCCAGAUGCUGUUCCCAAAACUGUUCAUGCUGUACCUUGUACAGAAGCUACAACAGUUCAGCAAAAACAGAUGCCUUUCUAUGGAAAAGACAGGACAUCUGUGAUACCUGUGCAGAAUCUUSAACAAAACCAUGUGCUACCUGACUCUUCAAGUCCAGAAAAUAAAAGUUUAGAAUUUAGUGAUACACGUUUUCAUAGUUUUUCAUUUUAUGAAUUGAAGAAUGUCACAAAUAAUUUUGAUGAACGGCCCAUUUCUGUUGGUGGCAAUAAAAUGGGAGAGGGAGGAUUUGGAGUUGUAUAUAAAGGCUAUGUGAACAACAMAGCAGUGGCAGUGAAGAAGUUGGCAGCUAUGGUAGACAUUAGUACUGAAGAAUUGAAAAAACAAUUUGAUCAAGAAAUAAAAGUAAUGGCAAAGUGUCAACAUGAAAAUUUGGUAGAACUACUUGGUUUCUCAAGUGAUGGCGAUGAUCUCUGCUUAGUAUACGUUUACAUGCCCAACGGUUCAUUGCUAGACAGACUGUGUUGCUUGGAUGGUACUCCACCACUUUCUUGGCACACAAGAUGCAGGAUUACUCAGGGUGCAGCUAAUGGAAUCAGUUUUUUACAUGAAAACCAUCAUAUUCAUAGAGAUAUUAAAAGUGCAAAUAUCUUACUAGAUGAAGACUUUACUGCCAAAAUAUCAGAUUUUGGACUUGCACGGGCCUCUGAGAAGUUUGCCCAGACAGUCAUGACUAGCAGAAUUGUGGGCACAACAGCUUAUAUGGCACCUGAAGCUUUACGAGGAGAAAUAACACCCAAAUCUGAUGUCUACAGCUUUGGUGUGGUUUUACUAGAAAUAAUCACUGGACUUCCAGCUGUGGAUGAACACCGUGAACCUCAGUUAUUACUAGAUAUUAAAGAAGAAAUUGAAGAUGAAGAAAAGACAAUUGAAGAUUAUAUUGAUGUAAAGAUGAAUGAUGUUGAUUCCACUUCAGUUGAAGCUAUGUACUCUAUUGCUAGUCAAUGUCUUCAUGAAAAGAAAAAUAAGAGACCAGACAUUAAGAAGGUCCAACAGCUGCUGCAAGAGAUGACAACUUCUUAAAACUGUAAAGGAAAGGACCCUAUAUAUAUAUAUAACAAUUUUUAAACUAUUUUUUUCUAAAUUCUCUUCUUUAUCUUUAACAAGACAUCAUGAUGCAAUGGUUAUUAAAGCAUACAUUGAACCUCCAACAUAUAGAACAAAUAAAAGUACAGUCACCAUAUCAACACUUAGCCCUGCCCACUUAGUAUUAACUUCAGUACACAUAAUAACCCCUGAAACAUCUCCUUUGAACACCACUAAACAUGAUUAGAAACUUUUUUUUCCCAUCUAUAACAUGGACUGAUAUCUCCUGCCUCCCUGGUAGGAAGUCGUGAAAAUCAACUGAUGCAGAAUAUGUACAAGCACUGUGUAAAUAUUGAGGUAAUAAUAUUUAAAGUUUACAGAUGUGAUUAUAAAAUUUUAUUACACUCAACUGUUUAUAGGCUCAUGUUCAUUUUAUACUAUUUUCAACAGUCAUUCACCACAAAUUAAAUAUUCCCUGAUGAUGCUGCCCUGAUGAUGUGGCUGUUAUUAGAUCAUAUUACAUGGCAAAGUUGAAGGGAUUUUGCAGAUGCAAUUAAGGCCCCUAGUGAGCUAACUAUAAGUAUUAAAAGGGGUACUGUUUGAAAUAGGUCUAAACAAGUCAAGUAAACCCUUCAGGAAGUAAGAGAGAUUCUCCUAUGGCUCUUGAAGAACUAAGUACCAUGUUAUGAGAGGGCAACAUUUCCAAAACUAAAACAUGUGCCUCUAGCACAUGAGAGCUAUUAGUCAGCAGGAAACAAAUGGGAACUCAGUUGUGCAACCACAUGGAACUGAAUUCUGCCACAACCUGAAAGAAUUUAGAAGAGUACUGCAUCUUCAGAUGAUACCACUGCUCCAGCUGACACCUAGAUUUUCACUGUGUGAGACCUUCAGAAUGUGGGCCUGUCUGAGUUACCUGGACUUUUGACAUGUAGAACUGUGAAAUAAUA